UCUAAAAAUACCGUCAUCAAUACGGUCGAAAUGCAUACGGGCGGCGAGCCAACCAGGAUUGUCGUGGGAGGCUAUCCAGUCCUUGAGGGAGAGACCUUGCUGGAUAAGAGAAGCUACGCUGGACAAAAGCUCGAUGAAAUCCGACAAACGCUAAUGCGAGAGCCGCGAGGCCACAAGGAGAUGUACGGGGCCAUAAUCGUCCCAGAAACUGAGCUCACCCUGAGCGGGGAGGCAGAUAUCGGGGUACUGUUCUGCCACAACGAGGGAUACUCAACGAUGUGUGGACACGGUACGAUCGCGCUUGGGCGCUUCCUGGUCGACACGCAGGACAAGAACGUGUUCCCGAGGCGGGGACAAGUCCACUUUGACGAAGAGAAAGCCGAGUGUAGGCUUCGCUUACAUGCCCCGUGCGGCGUAGUGGACGUGACGAUCCCGAGCAUCCGCGAAGUAGACAGGGUACAAUCGGACCCCGAGCGCGAAGUGCAGUUUGUGAGCGUCGAAAGCUUCGCCGCCGCGGUCGACCUGGAAGUAGAGGAUACAAAGAAAGAAUUGCGAUGGCAGGAGCUACGAGAUGCAGGAAAGAGCGCGGUGAAGUUUGACGUCGCGUAUGGCGGGGCGUUCUACGUCAUCGUGCAGGAGAAGGAGCUUGGAUUCGAGUGCAUCAGGGACGGGGCCAACGUGAAGCGGUUGGACGCGGCUACGGCAACAUUGAAGCAGCUAGUGAGCGCGCGGAAGGAGAUAUUCCGAGGACAUGGACUGGCGGCUGACCUCGACUACCUCUACGGGGUGAUAGUGGUUGAUGAAGGCGAGGGCUGGGUCGGGCUGGGCGGAAUGAACGGCGGGAGAGUGGGCGCGUGCUUCUUCGCGGACCAGCAGCUGGACCGUUCGCCGACGGGGUCUGGAGUGUCGGCGCGGGUUGCGCUGGCGAAGGCAAAGGGACUCCUGCGCGACGGCGAGCGCGUCCGGUUCGACUCGCUGCUGUCUGCGCGGCCGGGCGGGGCGGCGGGGGCGUUCGUGGGGAGCGCGAUGGCGGGAGGUCGGGUGUUGGUCCAGGGCAGAGCGUUCUACACGGGCGCCUCCGCGUUUGUGGUGGAGGACGCG